UGGAAGGGGACCUUAGCUACUGCCAGACCAGGGAACUCUGAAAACUCUUCAAACAUGGCAGAAGGGAUAUGAAGUCUAGGGAACUUGAGACAAAGAAUGAGACGAAGGACCACCUCCUUAUUUUCUGUUCUGAUCCUAUUGCUGGUUUGGGGCUUUAACUUAGUAGCUUGUAGAGAUCUUUGUUAUAUAUUAUCUCUAGUGCUAUCUAUGCCUCCAAAACAAAUACUAAUUCCAGAACGUUCUACUAAAAUCAUCGAUUAAUAACAUAAAUCUAGAUGACGCACUAAGGAGUAUCACAUUACAAUUACAAAUUAAUUUAAAAUAUAUAGUGCAGUUCGUAAAGAACUCCAGUGGGAUCUAGAGUUAGGCAUCCUCUAAACCACCCAGCAUUAUUAACCCCAGGUGUCUCGAUAUAAACUACAAUCUGAUUUUGAUAAUUAGUUGUGUUAAAUAAAUAAUAAUAAUAAUUUAAUACAUUAACAUAUUUCAGAAUCAACUCUUCAAAAAUGUGAAACAAACAAAUACAAAGAACGAAUUAAUACAUAUUUACGAUGCUAAAUUGAAUAGAAAAAUUUAAUCAAACCCUCAGAUAAAAAUUAUUAGUCAGCUUUCAGAAAUCAUCGAUUUACUUAUGGUCAUACCUGCAUAAUUUUUUGACUCACAAAUCCGGGGGUGGUACCUACAUAGUUUUUGACUCAUAAAUCCAGAGGUGGUACCUACUGCCUGAAUAUAGUAGGGGUUUUCCCAAGCCCCUACCGCCGGAAUACGAAUGGUUUUCCUAAGCUCCCUACGGCCGGAAUACGAAAGUCUAUCCGUUUAUGGGAUGUUAAGACAGGAUAAUAAAAAGCCAAAUUAGAUGGUCAUUCUGAAACAGUUAAUUCAAUUUGUUACUCUCCUGAUGGUACUACAUUGGCAUCUGGUAGUGAUGAUAACCAUAUUCGUUUAUGGGAUAUUAAGACAGGAUAAUAAAUCUUAUCUUCAGAUAAUUGUUGUCAAGAUAUUGUAGCUUAAUUUUCAUCUCAAAACUUUAACAACAACUUAAUUCAAGAAAGUGGUAUUUAUUUUCUUCUUUAUAUAGUAAAUUCUCCUGUUAAUUACCUUGUCAUAUCAAAUUAGCUUGAAUUUCGAUCCAACGGAGUGUUAAUUUUGAAAGGAGAAUUUAUUAAUCAGUCUGGCAUAGACUUGAGGACAUUAUUUAAACAAAGAGGAAGCUUCAUUUUAGAGAACCAAAUUGGAUUAUAAAAACGAUGA